UUUUGUUUGAAAAUACCACGAGGUCAACUAUCAAUGCGAAGGCCCAAAGAGGCAACCUUAACGGGCAGCUGCCCUCGACAGAAACGCAGGCCAGGUCGGCGUAGGGCUACCCGACAUCAGGCUGGCGACAAUAGACAAGAUGCCCAGGCUCAACUGGCACCCACACAACCCCAAGCAGUUCCACUGCAUCAGGUGGCUUUACCGCAGUAGGCAGCCCUACCAUAGCAGCAAGCCCAGGAUCAUGCGGUCGGAAAAAAUUAAGGAGCAUUAUCAGCGGCAAUUUAGUUUGAAAUCAUUUGGUUUCCCAACAAGUGCUUACAAAGUUUUGUUUUCCGGCGACGGAGGGAGUUUUCCUGCUGCUUUGAGGGAAUGUACUGAGUUUUGCCGGGGAGACAGACGGUGUAUUGGUAUGGAGGUCUGUCAAAUCAUGGAGGACCUGUAUAGAUGUCGGGCGUGUUGUGAGUGGAUGAAACUAGGAGAGAAAACAGAGCCCACAAACAACAUGGCCGCCUGUAAAUAUUACGAAAUGAAAGAAGAGACAAUGAAUAUUGCAGUAUCACAGCCUGCCACUUUGAGUUCCACAUACCCAGCCAGCAAUAAUGAAGCUUCUAACGCUAAUGACAACGUUCUAAAAUGUAGUUCCAGCCUCUUGACUGCAUGCACCCAACUUGAGUCUCAACCAUGGCUAAAAAUAGACCUACAAGCCAUUUAUGACGUCAACAAAGUCACCAUCUACAACAGACAGGAUUGCUGUGGGGAAAGACUUCAUGAUGUCCAGAUAAACAUUAUAAACAAUGGAACGGAUGCAUCGUGUGGAUUCUACAAAGGACCUGCAGAUGAUGGUGACCGGAUAUCGGUGUAUUGUGCUUCCGGUGCUGUAGGUAGAUACGUACUAAUGACAAUUCUCAAUCAACCAGGGAAGAGGGAAUAUCUCACUGUGUGUGAGGUCCAGGUCUUUGUCGACGUCUAGAUACAACAUCACAUUUAUAGGAUAAUUCAAAACAUUUCUGUAUUGUCUAAAACCAGUAUAUUAUAAAUUUGCCUUGUUAAUUUUGCCAUCAUUAGUCUAGAUAUUUAUAACUUAAAAGUUUA